AUGGAUAUAUCGCUGGAGAUUGUUAGUGUAGCGUUUUUCAUAGGUUUAUUGACGUGGGUUUUGCUGGAUAUUAUGAGACGAAGAAGAGGUGGUGGUAGCAAUCGUACAUGUUUGAUACAUAGAGCAGACAGAGGAUGUAAAGUUUUUGCUUUGCUUACCAUUCUUGCAAAUGCCUUAAUCUCAACUUUUUACCUUGGUUUUGGCAUUUAUGAGUAUUGGGUUGGUGGUGGAAUUAUAAGUUGUAAAUCAAUCUUCUCUGGCAUGACUUGGGUUUUAGCCACACCAAUUACAGUCUACUCCAAGAACACAAUUCACAGUGAGCAAAAUAGGUGGCCUUGGGUCCUCAUUAUUUGGUGGAUCUUUUCCUGCAGUUUUUACUCACUUUCUCUGUGCCUUUACCUGAUUACUCACUUCAGAUCCAUAGAUUUGCCAGAUAUUCUUCCCAAGGCUAACAUAGUUGAAUUUGCUUCCUUUCCUCUGUCAGUACUACUUUUCUUCAAUGCCUUUAGAUGUGCUGCCCAGGAAAAAAAUGACCUUAAGCACCCAUUACUUGAGAAGGAAGAUGAAACUCCCCCCCAAAACACUGAUACUUACACGAAAGCCGGAAUUUGGAGCAAGGCUACAUUUCAAUGGCUGAACCCACUUUUCAAAAGGGGUCGAAUCCAGAAACUGGAACUACCUCAUAUUCCACAUGUUCCUCCCUCAGAAAGAGCAGAAAAUGCUUCCUAUGUGCUUGAUGAGUCACUGAGGAAACAGAAAAUGGAAGAUUCUUCUUUGCCAAAAUCCAUAAUGCGGGCUAUACGAAGAUCAUUAGCCAUAAAUGCUGUUUUUGCAGGAGCCAAUACGGCUGCAUCAUAUAUAGGUCCUUUCCUAAUUACAAAUUUUGUAAAUUAUUUGCUUGAAAAGAAUGACAAUUCAAGCAUCCACCAUGGGUUGAUUCUUGCGUUCAUAUUCUUCAUUGCUAAGACAUUGGAAUCAUUGAGUCAGAGGCAGUGGUAUUUUGGUGCUCACCUCAUUGGUGUACGAGUACGAGCAGCUCUCACUGUGUUGAUUUACAAGAAAUCUAUUUCCAUAAAGUAUUCUGGUCCAAGCAAUGGAAAAAUUAUUAAUUUAAUCAAUGUGGAUGUAGAAAGAAUUGGAGACUUCUGCUGGUACAUUCAUGGUAUUUGGUUGCUCCCACUUCAAGUAGUUUUGGCACUGGCUAUCCUUUACAGGAAUCUUGGUGCGGCGCCCUCUGCUGCUGCUCUUCUUUCCACGGUUUUGAUCAUGGUAUGCAACACACCUUUGGCCAAUAUGCAAGAACGGCUUCACUCCAAGAUCAUGGAAGCGAACGAUUCAAGAAUCAAAGUAACAUCAGAGAUUCUGAAGAGCAUGAGAGUUUUAAAGUUGCACUCAUGGGAGCCCACAUUCUUGAAGAAGCUGCUUCAACUCAGGGAAACAGAGAGGCAUUGGCUGAAGAGAUACCUUUAUACAUGCUCAGCAGUGGCCUUUCUCUUCUGGGCUUCACCAACUCUAGUCUCAGUUACCACUUUUGGUGUAUGCAUAAGACUAAAUACACCGUUAACAGUAGGUACGGUAUUGUCUGCUUUAGCUACGUUUAGAAUUCUACAAGAGCCUAUCUACAACCUGCCAGAGCUCAUUUCCAUGAUUACUCAGACAAAGGUAUCUAUUGAUCGUAUCCAAGAAUUUGUCAAAGAUGAUCAAAUGAAGCUGAUUCCUUGCCAUACUUCAAAAGUAUCCGAUGUCAUGGUUGUUCUUGACGCAGGAGAGUAUGCAUGGAAAACAACCGAGGAAGACUUUAAGAAACCUACAAUCAAAGUUACAGAGAAGAUAGAGAUAAUGAAAGGAUCCAAGGUUGCAGUUUGUGGCUCUGUUGGUUCUGGCAAGUCAAGCCUACUACUUAGUAUACUUGGUGAGAUUCCCAAAAUUUCUGGGGCAGGAGCAAAGGUUUAUGGAACAAAAGCUUAUGUUCCACAAAGUGCUUGGAUUCAAACUGGAACAAUAAGGGAGAAUGUGUUGUUUGGCAAGGAAAUGAAUAAGGGCUGUUAUGAGUAUGUUUUGGAAAUUUGUGCUUUGGAUCAUGAUGUCAAUACGUGGGAAGAUGGGGAUUUGACUGUAGUGGGGGAGAGAGGGAUGAACCUAAGUGGUGGAGAAAAGCAAAGAAUUCAACUGGCUAGAGCUGUCUAUAGUGAUUCAGAUGUUUACAUUUUGGAUGAUCCUUUCAGUGCUGUGGAUGCACAUACAGGAACACACUUGUUUAAGAAAUGUCUCUUACAACACUUGUCCAUGAAGACUGUCAUCUACGCUACCCACCAAUUAGAAUUUUUAGAAGCAGCUGACCUUGUCUUGGUAAUUAAAGAUGGUCAAAUUGCUGAGUCUGGAAAAUAUGAGGAUUUGAUUGCGGAUCCCAACAGUGAACUUGUCAGACAAAUGUCGGCGCAUAAAAAAUCAUUUGACCAAGUUAACACAUGCCAACAAGAUGAUUCCUUUAAUAGAAGACCUCAUCAAGUUAAUCUAAUAGAGGUUUUAGAAGAAAAAGAGGCCAUCAACAAUGGGAAGCUUUCAGAAAAAAGUAAUGAAGAAGAGGCAGAAACUGGUCGAGUGAAAUGGCGUGUUUACUCAACCUUCGUCACUUCUGCUUAUAGAGGUGCUCUUGUUCCGGUCAUCCUUCUCUGUCAAGUCUUCUUCCAGGGACUACAAAUGGGGAGCAAUUACUGGAUUGCUUGGGCAACAGAGAAAGAACACAAGGUCAGCAAAGAGCGGUUGAUGUGGGUAUUUGCUCUGUUAUCUGCUGGGAGUUCCAUCUUCAUUCUGGGAAGGGCACUUUUUCUGUCAACUAUUGCUAUUCAGACUGCUCAGCGUCUCUUCCUUGGAAUGAUUACUUCAUGUUCUACGGAUCAAAGCACAGUAGACAUGGAUAUUCCAUAUAGAAUAGCUGGAUUGGCAUUUGCCCUCAUCCAGCUAAUAAGCAUCAUCAUCCUUAUGUCUCAAGUGGCCUGGCAAGUCUUCGUUCUUUUCCUUGGCGUUCUUGCACUCUCCAUGUGGUAUCAAGCUUAUUACAUUACCACAGCCAGAGAACUCGCCCGGAUGGUUGGAAUUCGAAAGGCUCCAAUUCUACAUCACUUUUCAGAAUCAAUCACAGGUGCAGGAACACUUCGUUGUUUCAAUCAAGGAGACCGUUUUUUGAUGAAAACAAUGGACCUGAUUGAUGAUUAUUCCCGAGUAGCCUUUCACAAUUAUGCCACGAUGGAAUGGCUGUCUGUUCGGACCAAUUUUCUGUUCAACCUUGUUUUCUUCCUUCUUCUUAUCAUCUUGGUCAGCCUGCCUAGGUCUGCUAUUGAUCCUAGUUUGGCAGGAUUGGCUGCUACCUAUGGUUUAAACCUAAAUGUCCUGCAGGCUUGGGUGAUAUGGAAUAUGUGUAAUGUAGAAAACAAAAUGAUAUCAGUUGAGAGAAUUCUUCAGUUCACACAUAUACCAAGUGAAGCACCACUAGUGAUUGAAGACUGUAGACCAGUUCCUGAAUGGCCAAUGGCAGGAAAAAUUGAACUUGAAAACAUUCAUGUGCAAUAUAAUCCAGCUCUCCCGACUGUUCUCAAAGGGAUCACUUGCACUUUCCCUGGAGGGAAGAAAAUAGGAGUUGUGGGCAGGACAGGGAGUGGAAAGUCCACUUUGAUCCAAGCUCUCUUUAGGAUUGUGGAACCCUCAGGAGGGCAGAUUCUUAUUGACGGUGUGGAUAUUUCUAAAAUAGGCCUGCAGGACUUAAGGUCAAGGUUGAGCAUUAUUCCACAAGACCCAAUUUUAUUUCAAGGUACCAUGAGGACCAAUCUGGAUCCUUUGCAACAGCAUUCUGAUCAAGAACUCUGGGAGGUUCUGAAUCAAUGUCGACUGGCAGAGAUUGUUAGGCAGGACCAAAGGCUUCUUGAUGCACCUGUUGCUGAAGACGGAGAAAACUGGAGUGUUGGACAGAGGCAGCUUGUUUGCCUCGCCAGAGUGCUCUUAAAGAAAAGGAAAAUUCUUGUGUUGGAUGAGGCUACAGCUUCUAUUGAUACCGCAACCGAUAUUCUAAUUCAGGAGACAAUAAGGAAAGAAACGAGUGGAUGCACAGUGAUCACUGUGGCUCACCGGAUUCCUACGGUUAUCGACAAUGACCUGGUUCUAGUUCUUGGUGAAGGCAAGGUUUUAGAGUAUGAUUCUCCAACUCGGUUACUUGAGGAUAGUUCGUCUGCGUUCUCCAAAUUGGUGGCGGAAUUCUUGAGGAGAUCUUCCAUGAACAACUGCUAUAGAGAUCCUUCUUAA